AAAUGUUGUGAAUCUUCACUACCACUAUCAAGUACCACUACCAGUAGUAGUACCACUACCAGUCCAGCGUUAAACUUAAAAGUACAAGACCAUUCUACAAACAGAAUGCAAGGCCCAUCUGAGAAAAACAUUCCCAACUUUAACAAAAGAAAAAGACCUUGUCAGGCUCUCUAUGCCUUUCCAGGUAAAGGCUCACAGAAUACAGACUCUGGUGGCACACCAAGUUCUGCACCGUACAUCCAGCACCAGCAGACCUUCAGUGGUUCCAACCAGUAUACAGGUCAUGGGACAAACGAUGGUUGGCAAGGUGCUAAUAAUAGUGUGUCGCACCUGCCGUCAGGUGAGGGUAGAACAGGCGGCUGGCAGGGCACUAACAAGUCUGUCCAUCAGAGAACGAACACCACUUCAAAUAGACCUUGGGCACCAUCUUUACCCUAUCAGCAAUCCAACCAGCAUAACAUGAACCAAGGCCCUCCUCAGCAGCAGUCUGGAAACAUGAAGCAACUGUUGCGACCCUGGCAGCAGAAGUACAAUGAACCCUCUCCGGCAAAGACUUACAGACCAUCCGCAUCACCAGCUGUGCAGUCCAGUAAUGUCCAGUCUGCUCAGAGGUAUGUGGUGGGUGAUUAUAGCGAAGCAUGCAGACAUUGUUUAAAAUAUUGCCUCUAA